AUGGGUAGGCAGGCAGCAGGUUCUCGGAGCAGCAACAACAAGCAACGUGCAAAUGCUGCUGCUGCGGCCGCCGCUCUGGCAGCUGCCUCGGCGCAGGCUGCUGCGGCUGCAGCUAGCGUGAACACCCCACAGUCGCCUUCGCAACAGCAGCAGCAGCUGCAGCAGCAGCCAGCAGCAACAUGCGGGAGCUCAGGGGCGGCAGUGGGCAGCAGCGACGGGGAAACUGCCACAGCGGAACAGACAGUGAGUGCUUCGCCAGCUGAUGAGUCGGCGAGUGCGCAGCAGCAGCAGCAGCAGCAGCAGCAGCAACAGCAGCAGAAGCCACCGGACAGUCUUAGGACUGAGACCCUCCUGACCCACAAUGUGGCCCCAUUGGCGCCAUCUGCGAACGCGACAAAUGGGGCUGAGAUCGCAGCAUCAGCAGCAGCAGCAGCGGCGACCACGGAGUCAUCUCAGGCAGCUGCUGCUGUGGAGGAACCCGUCAGGUUUGGCUUCCGGGAGCGCUUCAGCAGCGCAGUUUCCGGGGCGCGGAGUGGCCUGGGAUUUUCAUCGCUAUGCAGCGGCAGGCCGCUGCAGCAACAGCAAGAGCAACAGCUGUUGCAACAGCAGCAGCAGGACCAGCAGCUGCUGCAGCUGCAGCAGCAGGAGCUGGAGCUGGAGCAGGUGGAGCAGGAGCAAGAGCAAAAGCCGCUGUCAAACUCUCGAGAGCCGUCCCUUAGCAGUGAUGGGGACGUUAUUGACUCUUUUACGCUGCUGCACACAGAUUCCAGUCAUACGCUGUCACAUUGUGCAGCAGCAGCAGCAACAGCAGCAGUGGUAGGUGCUUGCCAUCCUUUGAAGCCGCGCAGCUGUGGCCGCCAGGACUGCCCGCAUGUAGCGCACGGCUCUGCUGCUGGUGCUUCUGCUGCGGCAGAAGGGCUGGCCUGCGUAGCUCCUCGUAGUGCAUCUGCUGCUGACCCAUUUGGAGACCAGACAGAUGCAGUCCUGCUGCCAGAGGAGGCAUCAGGAGGUGUCCCUCGGCAUCGAGGUCGUGCCGUUUGCUGCUGUUGCAGCAUCGGCACCAGCACCACCAGCAGCAGCAGUACGAGCACUAGCAGCAGCAGCAGCUUCAGUGCCACUGCGCAGGGCGCACAGCAGAUGCUGUGUGAGGACUGUUGCUGCUGCUGCUGCGGCGACUUUCUGAAACAGUUGCUGCAGGGCUCCUUCUGGGGCGGCAGCUGCGCAGCAGAGCGGAUGCGUCGUCGCAUAGAGCUGCGGGUGACGGAGGCUGUGAGCAGCAGCAGCAGCAGCAGCAGUAGUACCAACAGCUUUGUGGUUGUUGGGUCAUCGUUGUGGUCUCGAGGGCCUCUGUAUGCCGUCACCGGAACUGCCGAGGGCGUGGGGCCCUUUGCUGUGCGACGGCGACACGCUGACUUCCAGUGGCUACAGCAGCAGCUGCAGCAGCUGCUGCCAGGAGUGUUCAUCCCGCCCCUGCCUAAGAAGCAGGGGCUUACCUGUCGCGACGACGCAGAGACAGCAGCAGACAGAAGGCAAGGUCUCUGCAUGUUUCUCACGAGAGUCCUGAACAGGCCACACCUCGCGAAUACUUCUGUUGUAAGAGCGUGGCUCGAGGUGGCACCCUACGGCAGCAGCAACAGCAGCAGCAACGGCAGCAACAGCAGCGAUGCAUCAUUCUCUGUUGAAGCUUUGAAGCAACGCAAGCAGCACAUGACGGAGCUUCAGCGAAUAGAGGAAGAGCUAGCUGAGUACAAGCGCAUGUUUGUCGAUGAGCUGGCAGCUGCAGCAGCAGCUGCUGCUGCUUCUGCACCUAGUGCAGCUGCGGCAGCUGCAGCAUCACAACCGUCUUCAGCGUCCUCUUCGCCUGCAUCAUGGGGCUCAGAUUCUGCAUCACCAAGUGCACCAGCAGCAGCUGCAGCAGCUGCUGCUGGUGCAGAUGCAGGUCCCCGCAUGGCUGCGAGUAAAGCCCUAGUGACACACCACCAUCAGUUCCUGACGAUGUUGCGCGGGCAUUUGCGGCGCAUCUGUAAGCUGCAACAAGAACAGCAAGGGAGCAUUGAAGCUCUGCAAGCCGUGUUGCUAGACCACAGGCUAGAGGACCCGCUGCAGCAGCUGCACCAGCCUUUGUUGCUGCAGCAGCAACAGCAGCAGCAGCAGCAGCUGCAGCAGCCACUGAUUCGUCCAAGCGCCAGUAAUGGUCCCGUGCCUACAUCGCGGGGUGUCGUGGCGUUUCAGCAGCAGCGGCCUCUCCGCGGUACCCCGGGAAAUGGGCCUAUCGCUGCGUUGCGGGGCAUUACGGGGCUUCAGCAGUCGAUGCAUCAGCUGCAAAUUGAUUCCCGGGAGAACGACGUUCUCCCCAACUUGAGGAGCUCGCCGCAGCUGCAGCAAGAAGUUCAGUUCUCCGGGGAAAGCAGCACUGGCCCUACAGCGACAGCACCAGCUAAUUCUUAUCGGCAUCAGCAGCAGCAACAGCAGUUUCAGCAGCAGCAGCAGCUACGGCAGCAAGGCUUUACAAUAUCUGGUAGCGAUGCUCUGCAGGAUUUGUCAUCUGCGUUGUUUUUCUGUGGCCUGUUGUGUCAGCGUCAGUCUCGGCAGCAGCACCUGGAUUUGCUGCUUGCUGCUGUUAAUCGCGGGAUAGAAGAUAGUGAUGCCAUGAUUAGUGCUUUCAACUAUGUGGAGCAGCUGCAGCAGCAGCAGCAGCAGCUAGCAGCGGCAACAGCGAAGCUGCAGGUAGAGCUGGCCGCAUUGCGGAGAUCCCCUCGGGGCUGCUGGCUGCAGACUCACUUGCGGUGGAAAGACAAAGCGGCCCAGGUCGGUGAGCAGCAGCAGCGUCUGCAGCAGCAGAAGAUGCUAUUGCAGCCGCUGCAGCAGCAGGUUGCGCUGGCGCAGCAAGUCCUUGUCUACGUAGAGGCCCCUGCGUGGGCAGCCAUGCGAUCUGAGGCACUUGGAGCUUCAGUGUACGCAUUCUUAACAGCAAGGCAUUCUCUAGAGAGGAGAAGUGAGGCUUUAUGGGAGGCGUUUUGUUCUCAUGCAGCUCGCUUCCACUGCCAGCAGCAGCAGCUGCACCUCCAUCCGCAGCAACCCCCCCAGCCGCAGCAGCCGCAGCAGCCGCAGCAGCAGCAGCAACAGCGCCCCAAGCCACAGCAGGACGCUGGGGAAAACAACACCUGA